AUGGCUUCUAUACUCAACGCUCCUCAUUUGGGAUUGUCGAAGUUCCUGGAAACAAGCGAGUUCUCCGACUUUACCAUAGAGGCCACUGAGAACGUCGUCAAGCUCGAAGAACAACAGCCGCUCCUGAUAGCGCGCAUGAUUCAAUACCUUUACUAUGGCAAAUAUGAUGUGUUGAACGUCGCCGCAGGUCUUACACGCAUUCUCGACAAAGCUUCUUCGAAGGUUAUCCUUGAUGAUGCGAUUUUUGCUCAAGACUUUGAUUUCGAGGUACAUGCAGACAUGUACGCAAUGGCCGAUCGUUUCGAGAUCCCAGCUCUUAAAGCCCUUAGUGCCAAGAACUUUGUCUACGAGGUGCGAUCGAAGAAUUUCAGCAUUGCGGAUCUAGUGUCAGCCAUUGAUUUCGUGUACAAUACUACGCCAGAGAACGACUUUGGUCUCCGGAAAUGGGUCGCCUACCGGGCACAACAAGUUGAGCACGAACUAGUCAGGCAUGAGGACUUCAAGACCGCGCUGAAGGACCAUCCAGACUUUGCAUGGGAUUUUGCCACCAAGUAUGCUAAAGCAAACUAUCUGUGGUGCUCUCACUGCAAGGAUACGAUCGACCUUGUUGAGUGCAGAUGUGGAUUCAGUGGCAUGUGCGGAGAUGCUACUUGCGCAACAGGAGCACCUGCGGCUCUGCAAUGCACGCGCUGUAAGAAUUGGGGAAAGCUGCAACGCGAGCUACCCCCUUUGAAGGAAAAUCUCACGCUUGGGGAGUUGGGAAGGACUGACGAACCGAACGCGCCAAUCAAAAGGAGCCCAAAAAAGAAGAGAAGACUAAGCUAA